AUGAAGGGAGCUUCUACCCUCUUCCAGUCAUGGCGGACUUGUUCCCCCAGAAUCCCCCCAGGAUCGUUCCUUCUGCAAACGGUUAAGUACCCAGAAACCUGCUUCUGUCGGAAUGUUCAAACGGUGUCCUAUCAGAUUGUGAAGGGUAGCUACAUACCCACCUCCCAAGCUGUUCAACCUAAUACUCAAACCACGGUCAAACCAACCCCAGAGAUUGAUACGGUUGGUGCCUUCCAGAAGUUACCCAUGGUGAUGCCGUCUGUUGAUAUACUUGCUUCUGCAUUGCGGAAAGCUAGGAGAGUCGAACCAACCAAAGGCAUCGCUAACAUCGCAAGGAGGGAGAGAAACCGAGGUGCAAAGCAGCUUGAUGCGUUGAUGAAAGAAUUGGCUGCUCCUUUGAAGGCAUAUCUUGAAAAUUUUCCGAAGAGGAAGUACUUGCAUCCUUAUGAACGAUCGCUUGUGGAGUUGACUCUUGGUGAUGGAGUUUAUGAGGAGGUGUUGAAAAAAGUGGAUGCUUUAAAAAGGAAGGUGGUGGUUGUGGGAAAAGAGCAUGCUUCUCUCUGUGCUAAGACACUCAAGAAACGGGAAGCUGAGGAAAGCUUAAAAGAGGGUCUAGAAAAACUUGAAGGUGUUUUCACGUCGGAUGGGAAGGCAGUUGAUGAGUUGAUGAAUAUUGCAAAGAGUCUGCGGGCAAUGCCAGUGGUUGAUUUAAAAACACCGACUUUGUGUCUGGUUGGAGCACCCAAUGUGGGGAAAUCAUCAUUGGUCCGGGAACUAUCUACCGGGAAGCCCGAGGUCUGCAACUACCCUUUCACGACUAGAGGAAUUUUAAUGGGUCACAUUGCGCUAAACUUUAAGCAUUUCCAGGUCACAGACACUCCUGGUCUACUGAAGAGAUCCGACGAGGACAGGAACAAUUUGGAGAAAUUGACUCUUGCUGUCCUAUCUCAUCUUCCAACCGCCAUUCUGUAUGUUCAUGAUCUUACAGGGGAAUGUGGGACCUCGCCCUCUGAUCAGUUUGUUAUAUACAAGGAGAUUAAGGAGAGAUAUAGCAAUCAUCUUUGGCUGGAUGUAGUCUCCAAGUGUGAUAUAUUGCAAGGAUCUCCUGUGUUCUUCAUCACUGAUGAUAAUAAUGCCGAGGUCAAUGCUGCUCCUGAAGCGGAAAGUUAUCGCAAGAUGGGACCUGCUGGUGCAAUCCAUGUAUCAAUCAAGACCAAGGAAGGGAUGAAUGAGCUAAAACAGAGGGUGCAUGAUCUCCUGCUUGCUCAGAUGGACAACCUCAGUAGUGACGAAUUGACCUCAGAAAGUCUGCACCCUUGA